CAGACCGCGCUCCGCAAGCAAGCCGCUUGCGGACAUUGGAGCCCACCCGACGGACACACAUCAGAGGCGGGCGGACCCCUGUGCAAGCGUGUGUCUGUGAAUGUGUGUGUGUGUGUGUGCCACGGAUUAAAAAGAAACAAAAGAAAAAAAAAAACGCAACCGCCCGACGUCUCCCCCCCCCAGGAAGUCGCCGGAACGACCGACAAGCGAACGCCGGACGUUCCUUAUGCAUCGGACGUCGUCAGCGUCGGCCCGGACCGCAGGCCGUUGCAUCGGGAGCAGAAACGUGGGGCUCACGUCGUCUGCUAGUGGAACGUCGCCUGCUUCGGAACCGUCGUCUGCUCGCGAAACGCCGUCUGCCCGUGGAACGUCGUCUGCUUCGAGAUCGUCGUCUGCUACGGACCGCGGCUUGGGGUUCUGACCGUCCGAGCCCACGGUUACCGCAACCUGACAACCGACGAAAGUUGGUGACCACUCUGUCAAGAUUGGUGUUCGUUUGUCCGUUGUCUCGUGGAUGGUGCGGUGUCGCUGUUGUGGUGGUCAGCUGUGCAGUGCGCUGGCGAAACUCCGGUUCGACGACGGCGACUGUGGAUGCUGCGCGGGUGUGGAGUUCGUGACCGACUUUUUUGCUUCGUUUCUUUGACGGCAGACGACGAAAUCCCCCCCUCUCGGUGGAAGACGCGCGAGACGCCAGAGAGAGGAAAGGGUGAAAACGAAAACAGAACGUAGCAAGACGACAACAAAACAGAAAGGGUGAGGUGCAUAAGCGAACGAGAAGGAGGAGGAGGGUUCAGCCACGUGACACAGCGCUAAGACGCGACAACAUUGGUGGCAAACGUCAAAAACGCGGGGAAGAAAAAAAAUGGAACCAGAGCACCUGCUACAACAAGACUUGCUCACCUGCGGCGUCUGCCAACGAGAGUUCGCCCUCUCGGACAUCGUCAAGUUCAUCCAGCACAAGGUCCACUCGUGCAACAAGGAGAACUGCCUCCUGUACGACGGCGACGAUGGCGGACCGGACGACUACGACAGCGACCACCGGGGGGACGUGCCUCUCGCGGCGUCCGGGGUCGGACCUCGAAGACCGGGGCCUCCGGGAGGUCUGCCCGUCAAGAGGCCGCACCCCGUCCCGAACCGGCUGUCCAACGCCGUCAACCACAGCCUCGACCUGGCGGACCGGCUCAAGGCCAGGGUCUCGCUGGAGCCGCACGUCCACAAGUAUGGUUCCCGGGGUCUCCUAGUCCACGACAACGGGGGCAUCGGUGUGCCGCACCCUGUCCCUCCUCCGGUGGUCGCCGCCGGGGCGCUCAAGUCUCCGCCGACCACGUCUCCUGUCAAGAGGCCCACGGUGGAGAUUGGCGUCAACACUACCUACACCGAGCCCAACAACUACACCUGCUUCACGUGCAAGCACAGCUUCUGCUCGGCAUGGCUCCUGAUCCAGCACGCGCAGAACCUGCACGGGCUCAAGAUCUACGCGGACGCCAACAUCUCGCCGGCGGCCCUCUUCCCCGUGGCCGGUCCCCUGCCCCCCGUCCGAAGGCCGACGCCCCAGCCGCCCCAGCCGCCCCAGCCGGUGGCGGCCGCUCCCGUGGUGUCCACUGUCCCGGCUCCGAACCCAGCCUCGGUCCCGGCGGCCUCCACGAACUGCGCCGCCACCCGGACGUCCACCCCUAUACCGAGCGAGUCGCCGGUGGCGUCGGCGACGGCGGCGUCAGCGGUGACGUCCUCAAACCCCGCGGUGCCCCUCCCGGGCAUCGUGGACCCGGCGGCGCACCACGCGCUGCAGCUGCUGCGCAUGCCGCUCUCCGAGCGCCAGUUCGGGCCCGGUCUCUUCGGCAGGGCCUCUAGUCACGACUUCCGAGUGGGCGACCUCCUGAGCGAGCAGCUCCGGCUUGGCCAGCCCGCGACGCAGGCGACGGUAUCCCAGCCCCCGUCGGCAACGUUGACGACGUCGUCGUCCCAACCAGCGGCGGCGACGGCGUCGUCCGUGGACGGCUUCAAGACGUCGGCGACGCGACAGAGUCCGCAGCCCUUCGGGCUUUCCCUGGAACCGCAGCUGGACUUCUACUCGCAGCGGCUCCGGCAACUGGCGGGCGCCAGCAGUCCCCCCGCGGCCACGUCCACGGGGGGCAGCUACGGAGGCGGCACCGCGCCCACGUCGCCACGAAAGCUGACGCCGCCGGCGUUCGCCGGCGCGGCGCCUCCGACGACGCCGGCCGCCGCGACGACGGCCAGGGCGACCUCGUCCGAGGGCGGGCCGUCGUCGCGGCCAUCGUCUCCGCAGCUCAAGUCGUGCGAGUACUGCGGCAAGUCCUUCCGGUUCCAGAGCAACCUGAUCGUGCAUCGGCGGUCGCACACCGGCGAGAAGCCGUACCGCUGCCACAUCUGCAACCACGCCUGCACGCAGGCGAGCAAGCUGAAGCGGCACAUGAAGACGCACCGCAAGUCGCCCACGUCCGGGGACAACACGAGUGUCGAGUCGUCACGGUCCACGCCGGAGGACGGGCCACGCACCAACGGCGACGACGAGUGCGCCGCGUCCGACGGCGCCGGGUCCUGCGACGAAGAGGAGGACGACGAGGAACUGGACGAUGAAGAGGAAGAGGACCUCGAGGAGGAGGACGAGGACCUGGACGACGAGGACGCCACGACACCCUGCGGCGACACGGCCGAGGACCUGACGGUACGGGCGGGCCCCGCCGAGCGCAAGUCGCUGCUGGGCGAGGUGAUGGAGAAGAUCGGCCUCACGAACAUCCAGCAGUACAGCGAGGCGUACCGGCAGGCGCUCGAGGAGAGCGGAGGCCUGCGGGUCAAGCAGGAGCGGCCCGGUUCGGCGGCGCCCAGCAGCGACGCCUCGACGGCUGAGAACGGCCCGGACGGCAAGACCCUCCCGCACGAACCGCUCGACUUCGGCGGCAGCCUCCUGGGCGCCUUCGACGGCGGCGACUCGGCCAAGCGGCUCCGGCUGGACCAGGGCGAGCGAGAGGUCUUCCCGGGCCUCUGGCUGCCCUCCAUGGCGCACCGGGACUUCUACCUGGGCCUGCAGCCGGACCUGGACCGGGCCAGGGACCUCAAGAUGGGCGCCCUCAGCCCGCGGCCCGGGCCGAGCAACGCCCUGGCGCUCAUUGGCUCGGCGCUGGGUCGGCCCAAGGACCGGCGCAACGACACGUGCGAGUACUGCGGGAAGGUCUUCAAGAACUGCAGCAACCUGACGGUGCACCGGCGCUCGCACACGGGCGAGAAGCCCUACAAGUGCGAACUGUGCAGCUACGCCUGCGCGCAGAGCUCCAAGCUGACGCGCCACAUGAAGACCCACGGGCGCGUGGGCAAGGACGUGUACCGCUGCCGCUUCUGCGACAUGCCCUUCUCGGUGCCCAGCACCCUGGAGAAGCACAUGCGCAAGUGCGUGGUCAACCAGAACGCGCCCUCGGUCGACUCGGACUCCAAGGACAUGGCGCUCGAGUCGCCCAAGUCGCCGCCGCCCUCGGGCUGCCGCGCCCUGGACUUGUGGCGCGCGCAGCCCUCGUCCGAGUGAGGGCGCCGGACUCUGCGGGUUCUGUGGCGUUCUCGGUGGACGGCGGGCUUGAGCUGCGCACCCUCCCGGAGUUCGACCGCGCUUGUUGUGUCUUCUUCUUCCUUCUUCUGUUCGCAGUACGCUUUGUUUCUUCUGCUUCUCGACAACCUCCAUGCCCACUUCGAAGCACGCUCUCUCUCCCUUCAGUUGUCUCUACUCUUCCUAUCUGAUUUGAAAGGCUGCAAAACAGACUAGCGAGAGAUUUUUUGUUUUAAACUCCUCCUGUGUGAGGUAAAAACAAAAGAUAAUCCCUGUUUCUCUUGUUUCACAAAGACUUACAGAAAGUUGGAAAGAAGUUCGGAGCCUGGGGCAUAUGUAACUCUCGACAGUUUAAGUAAGAGAUUCACGCUAAGCGAAAGCGUGUUCGAUUUUAAACUGUACCUGGCAAGAUGUCUACCAGCCAACAAAAAUUAUAAUAGGGAAGUGCUCACGAAUAUUGAAAGCUUCAUAAGGAAGAAAAAAAUAACAACAAUUAUUAUAAACAAAAAACGCGGCACAUGUCUUGCCAAACCAAGCAAAUUAUCAUCAAGGUUAUUUUCAUCUUAACUAUAUCAAACUGCUUCCGUAUGCGCUUUUUCCAUAAAUUACGCCAGAGACGUGACUGGGUGUUUAAAGAAAGCAAAACAGAUUAGAUAAAUAUAAGUUUUGAAAACGAAUAGGCUCCGACACUUUAAGGGUUAAGAACGGUACUUGACGAGAAUUGAGGCGAAUCUUGCUCUCCGCAAAAGUGCCUGAAAAUCUGGUGCCGGAGGAACUUCAUCUGCGCCUUUCUCGAGAUUCGAGGAAGGUGUCACCCGAUUUCGACCGUUGUUGUUUUCGCCCUCGAUCUCGUCAGGACAUUCAGCUCAAAUACAACGUCUUAACCCGAAAAAAAGAACCUAUUUCCAACUUUCUCAAAUCUAAAACCAACAGCUGUUAUAUCUGUGUAUUUCUGAUGCCACAGAACGUGAAAACAAAAACAAAAAGCGGGCUUAACGUCGAACGGGUCGUGGCCCUCUUUUGAAUCUAAAUUUAUCUAGUUAUUUCUGGUCUAGGAAAUUAUGGGUUUUCGUAAAUCACUGACUAAUUGCUGUCUUGAGUAUGGAGAAAUGUGAUAGUCUUAAGAACUGCAUCUAUAUCCAUGGGCCCUACGUCAUUAAUAAAUAAUGCUGGGAAUUUUAUAUUGCUUUCUCUUCUUCAGGCUUUACCUUUUUUUUUUUUUAAUGUAAGCUUUAAAAAUUAUAUUUUCAGUUCGACAUGUCCUCAAAUGUCAGGGUAGCACUUUGAAAUGCGGCGGGAAAGAACACCAUGGAAAUAAUUAGAAUAAUCGAUAUUUUUAUAGGUAAUUACGCUAUUAAUAAUCAGGUUUUUCGACUAUUUUAACUUUCCUCUUUUGCGCUGAACGGACCCAUCUUGCCGCCAGUUUCAGUUUCUAGUUUGCGCUUCAGUUUAGUUAUGUUUUCUUUUACGCAUGAUACAGUACUUUAUCUUGGCUCUAUCUCCUUUCUCUACUUUUUUCUCUUUAUAUUCAACGUGAGAGACCAAGUUUCUCAACUUUCCCUGAUUUUCGAGAGACGCAGUGCGCGUGGGCUUAGCGUUUCUUGGCAUUACGCAUUUUCAUUCAUCUUCACUGUACAGUGCUUUUUUUUUUUCGAAAACCGGAAGUACGGUGGAAAAAGAAGAAAGUAAGGAGCUGGAGAUCCUCCCCCUCCUCCGUCUCCCGGAAAUGACGUAUUCAUGACGCAACGCGGUGAGAGCAGCCAAUAGGAAAAGCGCCGUGCUAUACAAUAACGUGCAAUACCGCAUUCCCUCCACUCAUUUCUUUUCCCCUUUCCCCUCCUUCAAUGUCCGUCUGUGUUGUGAGCUUUUCACUGCUACCUUGCUAACCAGCCGUCGACCGUAAUUCUUUGCUUUUUCUUUUUCUUUUUUUGGAUGGGGGAACAAUGUCUCCGUGCCCUCCCAACACAUCGGCAAGCGACAACACGACUACGAUUUCACGAAAUGAAAGGCGUCUAUCUCCUUUAUACCUCGUUUAAAUGCACGUAUCUGAAGCGAAUAUCGAGAAUACAAUACUGCAUUCUUUGUUUUUUUUUUUUAUUAUUAUUUACUACGUCGCUUUAGAUUCUUUUUUUUUUUUUUUUGGUUGGAACGUAGGUUUAACUGUACGAGUUCAAAUUCAAGUGCUGUUUUAAAUCACCUGCUGAGUGUACGUUUUUUUUUUCUCUUUCUGUGAGAUUGUAGAGAUUUCUUGACAUGCCUAUUUGUUUUAACUUAUUAAUAAUCAAGGCUCUCUCUGCCGCUUAGAAACACAACUACAGUGUAAGAUUUGUGUGGAAUACAACAGACAAAAAGCCAUUCGCUUGCAAAUAUCAUAAGAACACACUGUUGAAGACAGUCGAUGUGGAAGCCGACUUUAAAUGGUUCGCUGCUAGAAUGCGAAAGUUUGGAGAAUAGAAAAGAAACAACGCGAAAUCACGAUUUUUUCUAAUAAUUUAUUGAACCAAAACGAUAGAACAGUUACUAGCCUAUGACAUCAGGUGUCUAGUCAUAAUGUUUACUCCUGAAAUUGUCGAAAGCUCUGAAUUUCUUGCCACAUUUUGACAAUCAGAGCAGAAUCUUGAGCUAAUCCACCAUUAACUUACUGAAAAAGGACAUACGCGUGAUACAUCCAACCAAAUUUGCGGCGAAUUCAAAGCAAUUAAAUACAGAUGCUUUUUGCUGCCGCCUAGAAAUAGAAUCAGACAGAAAAACAAAAUGAAAAGCCCUUUUUUUUUCUCCUCUAGACAAUGAGAAACGUUAUUUAGCGGCUAGUUCAGUUAUAUGCCGAAGGAUGGCGCCACGUUUGCAUCAUCGCGACCGUUUUAUCUUAAGCACACCACACAUCUUAAGCGACCGCUUCACCUUUAAGCACACCACAUAAAAAAAAAAAAAUCCUUUUUUGUCUAUUUUGGUUGUCAUGGUCAUACCGCUACCACAAACCAGCCCCAAAAAUCUUAUAUUUUCCCCUUUAAAUUAAGCAAACAACAACGUCAUAAAUACCGAAAUUUACACAACCGGAGCCCGCGUAUCGCGGCAGAGUCUCAUGUACAGUGCUCAUAUGUUUCACGUCGAGAACCAACAAACCGCAUGAGUCAUCCAAACCAAACAACAUCGUCUCUUUUGUAAAAAGAAAGCGGGAGGGGAAGCGAAAAGAAGAAAUACGCGCCGCUCUAGAACAGGCAAUUCAUUUCUAAAAUCAUUCACAAACACUUGCUCUCGAUCUUUGUAAGCGUAAUGUUCUAACGGUGUACGUGCGACUAUGUGUAUGCUGCGAAUGCGCGAGUGUGUGCGUGCGUGCGUGUGCGCGAGUUUUGUAUAUUUGCCCAUGCCAACUGUUGUCAUUGAAGUGCGUUCUCUGUCUUCUUUUUUAUUUUUUUCAGCGGUUAUUAUAUAAUUAUUAUAUCACCUCUAUCAUCGCGUGCGCGACCGAGUUUUUAGACAUCGUGUUUCAGGCUGUUGGCGGAGCAUAUUCUAUAAAUAUCUAGACAGACAUAUGACAGUGUAAGAGGGCGGGAGAGAAAGACAUAAAUAUAUUUUAACCCCGUAGUGUAGAUACGAAGAUCUAUAAGUAUCCGUAACGCCCACGUGUCCUUGCCCACUAUUUUUUUUCUUUCUCAUUGCUUCUUUUUCUUUUUUUUUUAUCAUCAUUUCUAAACGUCGUUUUUUAAGUUGGACAACUCGAGAAACCGUCUCUGCGAUCUCCUAGUAGUCCCCCUGAGUGUUCUUAAGUUUUGGCGCGCUUACGCCGCACGGAAUCUUCGAGUUCUCGCGAGAAGUGGCGAGCAGCGUCGUGAUUGGUCCAAAGCGCGGUAUCACGUGAUCGGUGGCUUCCCACGUUAUUUGCAAAGGUUCCGUUCGUGCGGAAAGUAAAUAUAUAUAUAUACAUAUAUAUAUAUAAGCAACCAACCGAUGUUUUGGGGGAAAACUGGGAGUGUUCGUGCACUGCGUACUGUGUCCUAAUGUCUUCUUCUCUAACUCGCCUAGCCUUACCUUACAUUUCGAUGUCCUUAUUUUAUAUAUACGGAGUAUGUUCUUUGUUUCCUUGUCUCCCCUCCUCAAGUUUUUGUUUUUCUUCUUUGUUGUGACAUAAAGCUCUCGCUCGAAGAUGUUAUCGAGUGUCUUCGGCAUACUAUCCGGUGAAACUAUAUAAAUAGGACGACAGUUUUUUUUUUCUUUUAUUGGUACUUUGAUGUGGUGAAAACGUUGAAGAAGAAGAUAUAAUUGUGACUGUUGUACCUACGUGAAUCGCAAAACGUUGCGAAAUCAACGUCUGCCAGGGAAAGCAGACGACGGGAAGGAAAAGCAGACGACGCUGGUCUGCGCUAAGACGCCUAUUGGUCAGCGAGGGUCACGUGGCAGGCGUGUGCGUGGCUGUUUUUUUCUUUUUUCUUUUCCUCUCUUGUUACUGCUGUCACUAUUCUUAUUCUUGUAAUAAUAAUUAUUCUUAAUGUUAUUAUUUCGUGUCAAACCGAAAGAGACGGCAGAAGCGUCAAUGUGUACUAUACCUGUGCUGUGUGUGACCCGUCUCUGUUUCCCUUUACCCUUUUUGUUUUUGUUUUUUCUGGAUCGUUCCGUUCACUUUACGUUUUGCUUCCGAUAGAGUGUUUAGUGCGACAAAGCUCGUAAACCCAGUUUCAGUUGUCAUUCAUUACUAUCAUUACGUGGACCCUUGUUGUUUUGUUUUGUUCGUUAUUUUUUUUGUCAGCAAAGCGUGUUUUUUUUUUCCUUUUUUUUUUACCUGACGAAGUAAUAAUAAAAUAUGAACGUGGGAGCCGGAUUUUUUGGAAUCUCGAAUUUUUUGGGAGAAAAAAAAAGAGAAGAGAAAUACAUGCACAAAAACAAUGAGAGUCUCUGUUUCUUUAUUGUUUUAUUGUUAUUUUUUUUAAUUUUGAUACGAUUUUUAUUAGCUCGUUAGCAUUUGACAACAGUACUUCUUCUACCCAGUGCGGUGUGCCUUCGUUCUUCGUUUUCAUUGAGUGUGUUCACCCCGGCUGCCCCUCUCUUACUGUACUGUUUGAAUGAUUAACUGCUCUCAUUACUGCUGCUUCUGCUCUCGAGGCACACCUGGCCCCAGAGAUCGAGAAAUGACGAUAUUGUAUUAUUUUCUGACGACAGACUUCCUCUAAUACAGAUUUACAAAGCGGA